CGCAGCUGUCUUCGCAGGCAGAUAGUCGCUGCCAAAAAAACAAGCAAGAAGCCAUGUCUACCACAGCUACGUUCCAAGGACUGGACCCCGAGACCCGCAGCAGUUCUAGAAUCCUGAGACCUCCAGGUGGUGGGUCCAGCUUUGCUUUUGGUGUUGGUGAUGCGCAGAAGCAACAGCCUCUUAGAAAACAUAAGAUGGCUUCCAACAUAUUUGGCCUACCAGAUGAACCGACUCCUGUAUCCCACACUUCAGAAAAAGAUGGCCAACAUGGUUCCGCUUGUGGAAACCCAGAAGAUGAACAGGAAACGUGUAAUCAGGAAGAAUGGGGAGAAGCUGCUGAUCACAUGGGUGAAGCGGAAGUACCAGAAACAGAGUCUGGAAAUGAUGAAUCUGAAGCUGAUGGAGAAAUCGUACAACCUGUUGCCCCUGUAGCAGUGCCCAGCAGGCGAAAUCCUCCAGGAGGGAAGUCCAGUCUGGUCCUGGGCUAAAGAAACGAAACGGCUUUGGCAUAUUCUUUCACGUGACUGUACAUGUGUUCUUGUUUGAAGCACUUUGUUCAACCCUCUCCUUGUGUUUGGAUCUACUGGAAAAGGCAUGAAUGUUUUUCUAUUCUCAUGUUUGUACUUUUUUUUGUUUCACAUAAUAAACAAUGUUAACGGUUA